GGGUCAGACAAGUCGAGACAGGAAACCAUCCCACACACAACAGAUGUAAACGAUGAAGGAGAACUUCAACUUCGGCUGGACGCAGAAAAAGAGCGAUAGAUGGGAAAUUAAGUGACUGCCAGGAAUUCAGGAGUGGACAAAUAUGUGGGGACUGCUUUUCAUACUCUUGUAUGCUUUCAUGCUUGUGGACUCGAGCCAUGUUCAAGACAGUGAAAACUGUACCAUGGUACCACUGAGAGGCGCUGGUCCAAAAACUUUUAAUGGGAGAAAAGCUAAAAGCACAAAUGAAGAGAAUUUAACUCAGUAUCUACAGGAGCUUAACAUCUCUGACAACCAUGUGAAAUACACAUCUGGAUUCACCAGCACCAGGAUCAUUCCAGUAGCUUAUGUGAUUGCUAUUGUUAUAGGAAUUCCUUCAAACACCCUGUUACUGGCAUUUCUCAGUCGGAAGACUAGAAGUUUGUCCAGCUCAAUCCUCUACCUGAGCCUAGCAGCUUCAGACAUUCUCCUCCUGCUCUCUCUCUCAUUUAAAGUCCACUAUCAUCUGAACGGCAACAACUGGGUCUUUGGAGAACUUGUCUGUAAACUUGUCACAGCCUGCUUUUAUGGCAACAUGUACUGCUGUAUACACAUCCACAUGUGUAUUGGCAUGCUGCGGUAUUUAGCUGUGGUACAUCCAUUCCUGUACAGAGGACUCUCCAAGAGAUCGUGCACAGCCUGGGCAAGCCUGACCGUGUGGAUUGUUUUUGCUUUGGCCAUGGCUCCCGAAUUCCUUACUCAUCAAAGCUAUUACCUCACCAAGGCUAACAUUGUCACAUGUCAUGAUAUCCUGCCUUAUGAUGAGAAACUGUAUGAACUCCUGAUUGUUUAUAGAUUAUGUCUUAUUGUUCUAGGCUUCGUAUUUCCUUUCACAGUCAUCAUAUUUGCCUAUGGAUCCAUUGUACAUCAGCUACACCGGUCAAGCUGUGAUUUUACAAACUACAUCAAGGCAACCACACUUGUAUUUGUGAUCUUCUUAGUUUUUUUUACUCCAAGCAGCAUAAUCCACUUUAUACAUUAUGUCAGACUGUAUACAAGUAAGCAAGAUGACUUCUAUAGCUACUUCAGUGUAUUUGUUUGUCUCUGCUGCUUUCACAGCUGCCUGGACCCCUUCCUCUCUUACUUUAUAACAAAGACUUCAAACUCCAGAGCUAAUUUUAUCUCCCUAGCCAGGACGUCCCUAAGGAGUUCAGUGAUUAUCUAAACAACUGGGACGUAUUAUCAAAAUAGGAAGAGGGUGGUCUAGAUCCAAAACAGCUGAACAAUAGUUUUAGGAUGUUUUUUUUUUUUCAAUAAAUUUCAAUAAAUACACAUCGUAUGCCUACACCAAGUAAAAUCCAAAUACGUUUAAGUCGACCUUAUUUAUCUUUGCUACUUAAUGUUAUAAUAAUUGCUUAUUGCCAAGAAAUGUUCACUUGACAUUAUAAGCCUUAUAAACAUCAUGUAUUUCGCCUAAUUUUACAUCUAUGCUAGAAUAUCAAUACAGGGUUCUUUCUGUAAUCUACGCCUUUAGAGCAAAAAGUAUGAUUUAAGAAAAAAAAUCUUUUGCAUAUCAGGGAGCAGCUAAAAGACUAACAACAACAACUUUUAAAAAACGAUUCCAUUUUAUAUCUUUAUAAAUAAAAGAAAGGUAUUUGUCUGUACAUUGGUCAGAACUCCUAGAUCCUAGAUAUCUGUCUGAAGUUUAACCUGCAUCAUAAGUGACAUAAAAAGUUUGAGGAAAAGUGAUGUUAUAAACAAUUAUGUGCCAUAUUUAAUAAUCUACUUUAGAAUAAGCUACUAAUAAGCUACUUGCUCAAUGUAAACACACACCUACAACAAAAGAGUUUUAACACGAUGGAAUUGUUUUAAGACAAAACGUAAUUUUUAUCCAAUCUACUUUUCCGAUCUGUGAUUUACUCUCCGAUUAGUGAACAGGGAGUGUAGUUGGCUGACAACAAAAGAAGUACAAUUUUGCAUAAACAAGGCAAAGACAUAAAGUUUUUAUAUCCUCUAUUUUCUAUUGAUUGUAACAAGGUAAAAUGACAGUCGAUUCAAAUUUUUGCCGUGAACUAGAUAAAUUUUUCCACAAUUUUCUAAUAUUUAGCCACCAAUCCCGUGGAAACCAGUACCAUAUAACAAUGUCACACCAAAGAAAAA